CCCGCCGUCCGUCCAUCUUGCCGGUGCCAGACAUGUUCACGGGUUCUAACCUGAACAUCUCCGGACACGAGCGAGGCAGUGAGGAAGCAUCAGGCGAGAGUGAUGACGAGGUUGACGAUGUUCCUUGGAGGUCACCCUCGGAGAUGAUCGCGAUCGUCAAGGGUUUCCCACCAGUGUCUCCAUACAUCGGUGUGAGUCCAACACUCUGCUACCUACUGAAGGAGAAGAAACCCCUCUGUUGCCUGCAGCUUGCUCAGGUGUGCGAGCACUGCAGUUACCGCAGUGCCAAGGAGUACAACUGGCAGAACCGGGCUGUCAUCCUGGCCGCUGAUUACGCCAGUAACGGCAUCUACAACUUCCUCAUACCUCUGAGAGCGCACUUCAGAAAGAAGACGUCGCUAAACCCCAUCAUACUCUUGUUAGAGCGGCGACCUGACGUAGCUUUCCUUGAUGCUAUCUCCUUCUUCCCGCUCAUCUACUGGAUGCUGGGGUCCAUCGACUGCCUGGACGACCUGCUGCGUGCAGGCAUCAACCUGGCAGAGAACGUGGUAGUGGUGAACAAGGAACUCAACAACUCGGCUGAGGAGGACACUCUCUCUGACUGCAACACCAUAGUCGCCGUCCAGACAAUGUUCAAGUUCUUCCCUAAUAUCAAGAUCAUCACGGAGUUGUCGCAGUCGUCCAACAUGCGAUUUAUGCAGUUCCGCGCCCGGGACGCGUACGCCCUUCACCUGUCUAAGAUGGAAAAGGUACAACUCUCCCCACAUGACCAUAUUGAUGGACCCGAACGGAUUAACGAGUCAUUGUCACCGCGCGAGAAAGAACGAGGUUCCCACAUCUCCUAUAUGUUCCGUUUGCCCUUCGCUGCUGGCAGUGUCUUCUCCGCCAGUAUGCUCGACACGCUCCUCUACCAAGCCUUCGUUAAAGACUACCUCAUCACCUUCGUCAGACUGCUGUUGGGGGUGGACCAGGCUCCUGGUUCAGGAUUUCUUACUUCGAUGAAGAUUGGCAAGCAAGAUCUGUGGAUCAGGACGUAUGGACGUCUGUACCAGAAGUUGUGCUCCACUACCUGUGAGAUACCCAUUGGCAUCUACCGCACCAUUGACACCAGCAAUAUGGAACCCGGCAACAAUGACGGAGAAGGCUCGGGUAUUGGCCAUUCCUAUUCUCACUUGUACGACACCACUUCUUGUUUUCUAUGCCAGAGCAACAAAAAUUCGAUGUUCUCCCUCAACAUCUCAGACGACCCCAAGGAAGGUCACAGUAAUCUCAUCGAGAGAGCAGAGAUCGCUCAGCUUGUUCGCUCCCGAAUGCAAAGUCUAGCUCUACCGCCCGAGGAUUAUGACGACGUCUCUGAGAAGCGCAACUCUCUCUCCUUCGUCAUCAUCAAUCCCUCGUGUGACCUCAAGCUAGAGGAGGGAGACAUUGUAUAUCUCAUCCGGCCAAGUCCGUUCUCGGCUCAGAAGACAUUCGAGAGGCAUAAUUCCCGACGGAAGUCCAACAUAUCUUUGUGUGACACUAGACGACGAAGCACUACUUUCACCCGCCCACCGCCGCUCUCAGCACCCAAGUCCAAUUCUCUGAGCCUUCCAGACAGCCCACAGAUCUCUCCUGCUCCCGUCCUGGGUUCCCUUGUAGAGUCCCUUACCGUCCCCAUGUCCCCUCCAACAGGUUAUGUCCGAGGGCGUUCCAACUCCCUGCGUGUUGACGACAUCCUAAUGCGGCGCUCAAACUCUCUUCGGUUUGGUCUUGAAGGAAGCCGCAAGAUCAACAGCUUCGAAGAGCUGGGGAUCAGUCCCCUGACGCCUCUCACCAGAGACCAGCGUACUGGAUCCAUCAAGAUUCCCACCAAUGGCUCCAUUGGUUUAGAAGUGACGCCGCCAGAGGAAUGUGGGUCUGAGGCGUCCGUUCCUUCCAUCCAGCUCCAGGGUACCAUUGUCUGACCCCCGCCAUCACCGCGACCCGCGCGUGUCUGGUUCCAUAUGAGUGGGGCUCGCGGGGUGGCUCGCUCCCGCUCUCCGCAUCUUUGACAUACAUCGGCCUCCUUCACUUCGCGGCCAGCUCUGGGGCCCUCCCCCUGGCCGCACUCACAGUGAAAGAGGCCAGCACAGCUUAAAAGCUGGGCUAGCUGGCUCGGUCAGCCUAGUCUCAGUCUGGUUUCUAGUGAUGCCAUAAGUGCUUGGUUAGAGUGCAAUUUGUCCAGUACUGGACACUCUGCGAACCUCGGGUACAAAAGUAGAUGAAUUUAAUUUCGGUACUUUAUCGAACCUUUAACCUGCGGAACUGAUUUAAAUUUAGAAGUGAGAUAUUAUUUUAAUCUGAGAAUCACAUAGACUCAAUGGAUUACGAGCAUAAUAGAUCGAAAAUACAUUCUUCUCUUGUGCUUCACCGCGAUUGCGGUUUACCUUCCAUGAAGGGUUUGUUGUUGUUAAAGCGAGAGUCGAGUCGCAGGUGCUGACAGGUCGCUAUACUGAGCACGGGGAUCCCUCUACAGGUAUAACACUGCUCUCUUCACACCUCCACAUCCCAGGUCCUCUACACCUCCCUACAAAGUCCAGCAAUCCCUUACAAGCUGAAUAUUAAUUGAAGACCCACAGUGUGCAGCUGAAGUCCAGGCAGCUGUGUGAACGUGGGGCAGGAGGGUGUGGGUGUGGGAUAGGGUAUGAACGUGGGAUAGGAGGGCGUGGGAUAGGAGAGUUAAGAUGGUGGUAGGCAUCACCUACACCAGCAUCAUCCACUACCUGCUGCACCUGGUCAUUAUAUCAUAUCUAGCAGUAUACUCAUUUUUCAAUAUUUACAUUUCGACCUUUAUGUGGAUUUUUCA